UUGGGCCCAGUUAUCCCUCUUGCUUCGCCUCUUCCUCUCUGUUUGAGCCGACUUCGCCGUGGGAUUUGAACGCGGCACCUGGCUCACACCCGGUAGGCAGCCCCGUCCCAAAACGAAUGCUUUUUACCCACUACAAACUCCUCUCACCGGGGUAACCCGGGCCAGAUAUCGAAUUCCCUCAGUGGCGGCGGGAUGAGAGGAUCAAAGACGUGCUACAACAUCGGCUACAUACUUUUUCUACGUAGCUGUCCACAUUUAAGUUUUGUAAGUGAUUUGCGCAAAGUCUAUGGAUUUGAGGUCCAUUGUAGUUUCGUGCAAAUUGUUUCUAUAGCUUGUCCCAGCCUCGGUUUUGUAUAGCGAUGUAGUUUUCCAAGGCCACUACUUUAAACUGUUUACAUUUUUUAAGAACACAGCCUAACUGGAUCUACCAAUGCCAAACCCCAUGGACGACCGUCUGCGCGUAGUGGCCGUGAUGCAUGCUUUGAAAGCAUCUGGAGUUCGCGUGAAAAAUUGGAAGAACUUCUUCAAUGGGCAGUACACGAGCGACCCUGUCAGACCGGAGAACCAAUCUAAAUUUGCCUUUGGUCGGGAGCUGACCUUGCUGCCCCAGUGCCAUUUAACUGAUAUGAGUGGGACAGUGCCAAAGUUCUUGGUGGACGCCUGUGAAUUUUUAUCCCAGCAUCUUCAUACUGAAGGGCUGUUUCGAAAGACGGGGUCGUUGAGUCGGAUCCGAGCUCUGAAGGCUGGCCUGGAGCAGGGGGAGCCAGUCUUUUCUCUGCCACAUUCAGCCACUCUGCAGUCCUGUGAUGUGGCGUCUCUUGUGAAGCAGUUCUUACGGGAGUUGCCCUCUCCUCUCAUCCCUAUGGAUCUACAGGUGCCACUGUGCCGUGCACAGGGCUUAGAGGAGCAGGGGGGCCAGGAGCAGGGCAAAGAUGGAGUCACUCUUCUUCUUACAGCCCUGUUCCCUCUUUCUCAUUCACGGGCCCUCCGAUACUUCUGCACCUUCCUGAGACAGACGGCUCAAAGAUGUGAAGAGAAUCGUAUGGAAGUGGGCAAUCUGGCCCUUGUGAUUGCACCUAAUCUGCUACAUUGUCCAGCUGGGGGCUCUAAACUGACCGCAGGCACAGAGAGACAACUGAAUAGACAAGCAGCAGUGAUCAAGACACUCAUAAUACAUGCAGAUCAUAUUGGUGUCGUUCCCUCUUCUGUUAUGGACAUGGCAACAGUAGCAGAGUCGGGUGAAUCCACCACACCCCCAGUUGACGGGGGGAGGUUUCAGGAGAGGGCAGGACUUGGUGUGUAUAGAAGUUUAAGGCGUCAAAGGAGGCGCAGUGUUGGAGAGAUAUUUGUGGAUGCUCUCAGUAAAUUCAAGACAGGACGCACACACACUGGCCCUUCACAUCCCCCAGACAGCCAGCAAAAUACAAAGACAGCUCACCACACCACACUUCAAUCACCAGUCACAUCCAAACGAAAAUCGACCGAAGAUACUGUCCCUGAUGUAGAGGGCUCUGCUAAAAAAAGACGCUCUAUCCAUGACCUUAGAGAAGACAACCAAUCCAUCAGCAAACUACACUCAAAUGAUUCGGAGUCGGCAAUCGGCAAAAGCCCUUCCAGUACUCGCACCUCUGUCCUGAGUGUAUUGGAGGGCAGUAGAGAGCAGGAGCUGUCUGUCACUCUCAGUGCCUCAGAGAAGAAGAGGAAUCACAAAAAAGAUCAUAAAACAUCAAACAAGCAUCUGGUGCAAGAGGACAAGGCUCAUCGUAGGAGAUCUCUCAGAUUCUUCAACAUGCCAAGCUGGAGCAGCCCUAACCCUUCCCCCACAUCCAUUGGGAAUGACACUGAGAAUUGGAUCAAUGGCAGUAGGACGUUAUCUGAUGGUAUGACUGAAGCAUCCAGCUCUGAGGUUGGACCGUACAGGAUUCCUGUCAAAAUUAUUGAUGGCCCUGGACGAGUUCUAGUGGGGAAUGAGAUGGAGGAUGAACCCGAUCUGCUGAACUACAGCUUCACUGAAAAUGUUGAUGACUUCCUGGAUCUCGCGACAUUGGACUCGCCUACCGGGACAGAAGAUGGGGAAUCAUGUGAAUGCUCUGAGCUCAAGUUGGAAAAUGAGACAAUAGAGGAAACAGUUAGACAGUAUGAAACUAACAGUGUAUUGUGGGGUCUGGAGCAGGUUGGGAUGAAAGAGGAACCGGAAGAGAUCGGUCUAAGUAAAAAGCUGUCAAAAGUGAAUAUGUCUGGCAGGGUCGGUCAGAAGCCCCGUCGCCCUCGUCGCUCCAUCAGUAUGCCAGAGGUGACAUUGGACCAACUGAGGAUUGAAGAUGAAAUGGACAAGAAGGAGAAAGAAGAUCCAGUCUUUGAGGACACCUGGGUUAUGGUGGCGGAACCCCAACCAGCCAGAACCAGAACCGUAGUGGAUGAAGGUCUGUGUAAAGGAAUGGAUGAAGCAGAAGAGUUGGACGAAAAAGCGUUGGUGAAGAAAGAGAAGAUGACAGAGUCAGGACUGGGUUUUAAGAGGACACACCAGCGCAUGUCUUUAGCAGAGCACCUCGGGCGUUUCAACGCUCUGGCAACGCUGCUCCGUACCCCCAGGGUUCCUCCCCCGCCCCCUGAACCCCAGCUCAACGAUGUCCUGCGUGAGAGUCAGCGGGAGGGGGGUCAGCGGGAGGGGGGUCAGAGGAACGUUGUACGUCUGCGUCGGCAGGGAGCACGGCGCUUUGGACGCUCCAUCAGUCACGAUGGUGUUCCCGGAUCUUUGUCAAGACAAGCUUCUAAGAAUCAGCAAGAUGAACCAGGGGUUUUUCAAAGCUCCAGUGAGCCAGUUCUAUGUCCACCACCAGAGCCAACUCUUUAUCAAUUUACCCAAGAGGGGCAGAAUGAAAUCCAACAUACACCAGGUCCUCAACUACAACAGGAUAACCCCUUGCAAACCCUCCAGUAUUUGUAUACUCCUCCAUCACUAAAUCCGAAACAGAACCAGGAAUCUCGCCAAAGGCAAUUUAACAAAUCACAAUGGCAUCUCAGGGAAAGCCAACUGAAACGGUUGGAGGAACAAUGCACAGAGUCAGGUCUGCACGACCUGCUGGAGAUGCACUUGAAUAUAUGUGAACCAAAGGAGGAGCAAGGGCAAGACAUUACAAUUCCAAUGCAGUUGGAUAGACCGUCUCAGACAGACACGAUCUUAGAUGUUCUACCUCAGACCAUGGCCCCCCUACAGCAGAAGCCCCAAACUACUGAUGUCAAACUUCCCCUCCCUUCUCCUCUAACCCCUCCUCUCUCUCAAACAGAAACAUGCUCUCCCAGUCCCAUUAUACCCUCUUACACACCGAUAGACAGAACAUCAUCAACUGAACUCUACACUGAUCCCUUGGUGGCUAACUGCUCCCCUUCCUCUGUGACGGCUUUUGACUUUAUAGAGAUCGACAUGGGGGUCAGUGAGAGGGAUGGGUGUUCUCUCCCAGUGGAAUUAUCUCCACCACCAGCCUUGCAGUUCAGGCACCCGUCCACCAGGAGACGCUACAUAGACUCUCCCCGCUGGCCUAUACAUGAUAUUAGCAUGGCCACAGGAGACCCUCUGCAGAUCUGACAGGUACAGGACAUACAAAGUGGUUAUUAGUUUGUAGCGCUUUGGUUUUGAGUAUUAGGGUUUGAAAUGGGAAAAUAAAACCACACACAAAGAAUGGCAUCUGUUGCUUGAUUUAAUUGUGCCAAGUUCUGAUAUCCUCAAACUUUUAUUUGAUGAUGCUUUCAUGCAGUUGUUUUAUUAGUCUCUGUUAUGUUCUGUUAUUAUUGUGUCCGAAGUUGCAUUUUACGUAUU